AUGGCUGUACGCACAGAACAUCAGAUAGGAGCAUGGGUGGAAAACCCUGGUCCAGAUGCCCGUGUAGUGAUUCGGGAUGACCUUCCAAUUCCUAGUCCAUCGGCAGAAGAGGUUCUCAUUAAGUUGGACUGUACAGGUGUCUGCCAUUCAGACCUGUACAGCAUUACAGGCAAGACGCCAAUGAAAGUCAAUAUUGCCGGCCAUGAAGGCAUUGGACACAUUAUUAAGGGUAGGUCUCAACGCGGUUUGCGCAUUUAUCCUACCUCCAAAUGGCUUUACACCGUCAAUGUUACCGAUUUAACUGUUGUAGCUGGCUCAAAUGUUUCUCAGGAUCUCAUUGGCAAACGAGUUGGUAUCAAGUGGCUUUACAAGUACUGUGAUGACUGCGAGAUAUGUUCCAAAGAUGUAACAUACUGUCCGAAUCAAAAGAAUCCAGGCAGGAACGUUCUAGGAACAUUUCAACAAUACAUUUGUUCUAUGGCUAAACCAUUGACUUUCAUUCCUGAUGGUAUCAGCUCUGAGCUUGCUGCCCCUCUGCUGUGUGCUGGCAUUACUAUUUACUCUGCCAUCCUAAAACUGCGUUUGAAGCCUGGCGAGUGGCUGCUCUUGCCAGGAGCCGGCGGCGGUCUUGGACAUCUUGGCGUACAAAUUGCCCAUGCGCUAGGUUUGAAAGUUAUUGCUGUUGAUAGUGGCGAGUCUAAGCGCAAAUUGUGCCUAGAGCUUGGUGCGACUCGCUUUCUCGACUUCAAAGUAGAUGACGUUGAUAAAACAGUAAAGGAGUUGACCAACGGGUACGGAGUCCACGGCGCAGUUUGCUUGGCUGGCAACAAGGCCGGAUACGCGCAAGCAAUAGCUCAACUUCGCAAUACAGGCGUUUUAGUUUGUGUUGGACUCGCGAUGGAGGAGCUACCCAUCAGUCCAUUCAUGAUGAUUGUGCGAGGUAUUAGCGUAUUUGGUUCUUCUGUCGGAACUGAGCAAGAGAUGAAGAGUUUAUUGGAAAUGGCCUCUGAAGGAAAGAUAAAAGCUAUUGUAGAUGUCUUUGACUUCCAAGAGCUCGGUGAAGUAUUGGAGAAGUUGCGAAUCAAUGGGAUUAGCGGACGAGCUGUAGUAAAACUCCCGAUUUGA